GAAUCUGGUCGACAUGCAGAAGCACUCAAUGCCAUAACCAAUUAUCUGGAUAUGGGUGCCUAUAGUGAGUGGAAUGAAGAUAAGAAACUUGAUUUCCUGACCAAAGAGGUCAAACGGAAGAGGCCACUAAUACCUCCUAACAUUGAGACAACCGUGAUGAAGGGUUGUGAUCGUACGAUCGGGAAUCUCCUAUACACAGUAAAUUGGAAGUUUGGCGCAU